AUGCCAGAAACCAUUGUCAUUCUCGGCGCUGGCUGGACCGGCCUACCACUCGCCCACAAGCUCCUCAAAUACACGCUCCCCAAGAAGCCCAUCCUCGUCAUCCUCGUAACGCCCAAUACGCAUUUCUUCUGGAACGUGGCUGCCACGCGCGGCCUCAUCCCGGGAGAGUUCAGCGAGGACCAGCUCUUCCUCCCCAUAGCGCCUGGUUUCGCCAAAUAUCCUCCUUCUUCCUUUGAGCUCGUCCUUGGCGCAGCAGAAAGCAUCGAUGCCACUACCAACACCGUCUCCGUGCUCAUCAACACUGAUGGAGCUCGCCGCACGGUCAGCUACGACCAGCUCGUCAUCGCUACGGGCUCGCGCGUGUCUGGCGACAUGCCGCUAAAAGGCAUUGGCACGCACGAGGAGACGCUCGCGGCGUGGCGCGCGCUGCAGAGCAAGAUUGGUCAGGCGCGAGACAUUGUCAUCGCGGGGUCCGGCCCGACGGGCGUGGAGGUCGCUGGUGAGCUGGCGGCCAAGUACGGACGCACGCGGUCCAUUACUCUCGUCAUGAGCGGCACCAAACCGCUCGAGAAGCACGCAUCUGUGCUACCCUCAGUGAUCAGCACGGCCGAGGGCGACCUUUUGAAACUCGGCGUGAAGCUCCUCCGUGGCAAACGCGUGGACAGCGUCAGCACGGCGGAUACAGGCACAAAGCUCACCUUCUCAGAUGGGUCGGAGAUGCAGACGGAUUGCUACUUGCCGCUAUUCGGCCUCAAGACCAACACGUCCUUUGUGCCGCCGGCGUGGCUCGACAGCGAGGGCAAUGUGUCCGUCGACGACCACUUCCGAGUCGUCGGCACAGGCAAUGUCUGGGCGCUGGGUGACGUGGGCAGCAUGGAGCCCAAGCAAAUCACCAUUACCGACAACCAAAUCAUUUACCUCGCCGAGCAUCUCAACGCACUGCUGACCGGAGCGCCGCCGUCCAAGGCGUAUGAGCCGGAGAAGAAGACGCUCAUCUUCCUCUCGCUGGGCAAAAGCUACGCGACGGGACAGGUCGGCAACUGGCGGCUCUUUGGGUUCCUGGUGUCAUGGGUCAAAGGUCGACGGCUGUUUACCGAUGCGGCGCGCGGAUACGUGGGGGGUGAGAAGCUUCGUCACUCAUCGUUGUAA